AACAGCUAUUGGCCAAUCGUCUUCAAACACAAGAAGAAGAGAGGAAGCGGAGGGUGAGGGUGGAAACAGCUACCCCACACUAGACUUCAUUGAAUGAGAUUCAACAUCAAUUAGCGUUUGUUUUGGUUCAGUGUUCUGCAUACAGAAUACGCUCAUAUUCAGUCAGAGGAACUUGGAUAGAAUUUUUUACACCUCUACAGAUCACGGUGGUCGGACUGAAGCUAGCAAGAUACACUGCAGGACUAACAUCAGUGAGCAGGAUGAGUGAAGCAGCGUGAAGGCACCGGGACGUGGAUUCUGUGUCUGUGGAGAGGCUAGCAAAGCCUGUGGCUGUCUAAUAUUACAAUAGGCAACUGUGUGUGUUUGUAGGUGACGAGCUGGCGCAGGUUGUGGGCUUUUCUUGGAUAAUGCGAGACAGUGGUGGUAGCCUAGCCCAGAACCGCUGGCAGAGAGACCUGGGUCUGACCGCUGUGGGGCAGAACGACACAGGAGGAGGUGGGAUUCCAGGGGACCGCCUCAUAGUCCCAGUGUCAGAUCACAGUGUAUCCACCCCCAUGCACCUGAGACUGGAACAUAAAGAAAAGGUGUGGACGGGUGAAUAUGUAGUGGAUGAGGAAGAUGGCAUAGGUGGGACUGAAGCAGUAGGUGAUGAUGAAGUAAACAACUUUGAUGGUGAAGACAUGGGUAAGUUUGACAGCAAGAGUUUGGAAAACAAUGAGGAGGAAGACGUUGAAGAGGACAGAGACCAGGAGGUGGAGGAGUGGGGAAUCUCAGAUUUUUCUUCCCAGUCUUCCCAACACCUUCAUUCACAACAGCACGAUCAUCAGAGACCAGAACAGAAGGCUGAAGAGUUCGGCGAGGCCCCCGUAGAUCAGGCACUAAGCCAGGCUGAAGUGGGAGACUUGUUUAGGUCCCACCUAAGCAGGUACAGGGCUCUGAGAAGACUCGGGCGCUUGCAGCGUUUGCGAUGCCGUGGAGGUCUUGGGUUUCGGCUCUCUCAGCACUGGAAGAGCUGGCGCCAGCGGGCCCGGUGGAUGUGCUCCGUAAGACACAGGUGGAGCCACAAAGGGCAAAGGAACGCUCAAAGGGACCAGAGGAGACUGAAACGGUAUGAGGAGCCCCCGUACAGGCACGAGGAGUAUGAUGGCAGUGAUGACGGGCACACAGAGUCUGACAGAGAUCAGCAAAUAAACGGCUCCUCCUCAGAAAAGCAGGAGGACAGAGUGAGGCUGGAGGCAGAGGUCAGGCCGGCAGAGCUGGCUCUUACUGAAGAACACACAAGUUGUGUGAAUGGUAUUCUGGAAGAGUCGCUACGGCAGUACGGCAGUUUGAUCCCCAUCCACGUGGAUGAUGUUGUGGAGAAACUUCAGGACAUCUUCAAUGAAAACUUCUCACACCCACACAGAAAAGCAGUGGUCCAACAUCUAAUACACUCCUUCCACCGCUCAUCAGGAUCUGUUGCAUGUAAAACAUUCAGAGUCAACUACAAACGGCAUGUUCUGACCAUGGACGACCUGGGCACCCUGUAUGGACAGAACUGGCUCAAUGACCAGGUGAUGAACAUGUACGGUGAGCUGGUCAUGGACUCUGUGCCAAAGAAGGUCCAUUUUUUCAACAGCUUCUUUUACGAUAAGCUAAGGACAAAAGGCUACGAAGGAGUCAAGCGGUGGACAAAAAAUGUCGACAUCUUUCAGAAGGAUCUGUUGUUGAUCCCCAUCCACCUUGAGGUCCACUGGUCGCUGGUCAGUGUUGACAUUCCUCGUCGAGCCAUCACCUACUUUGACUCUCAGAGGACUUUGAACAGGCGUUGCCCAAAGCACAUUUACAAAUACCUGCAAGCUGAAGCCAUCAAAAAAGACCAGCAAGACUUCCUGACAGGAUGGACCGGCUUUUUCAAAAUGAAUGUGGGCCGCCAGAACAAUGACAGUGACUGUGGGGCUUUUGUGUUACAGUACUGCAAGUGUCUGGCACUCGGGCAGCAGUUCAGCUUUGGGCAGCAGGACAUGCCCCGCCUCAGAAGACAGAUGUACAAAGAACUGUGUCACUGCAAGCUUAUGGUGUGACCCUUACUUUCCAUCCUUUGUGGCCAGCUACACCUGCUCCGUCCCUGAAAUCUAACAGGAUGGAGGGACAGUGUUAAAACAAGAGGAAAAUGGGAGCAAGUGACUGGGGGAAAAUAAACAUUACAAACCUAACUUUUUCUCUUCCACCAUGCAGAGAAAUUCUUCUAGAUGCGAACAUUGUUUGACUUUAUUUUUUCUGGUUUUGCUUCCCUCGGUUUGUUUGAAAAACACUGAUUUAAAUAUCAUGUCAUAGUUCUUUGUGGUUGUGAGAGGCCAAGACUAGCCAUCUUAUUUUGGGGAUGGGCUAGUUAUCCGUGUAAAGAUAGUCCACUAGUUUUCUGGUCGGAGAGGGAGCACUGAGGUACGGAAAAGCCUGCGUCCAGGAAGUAUGAAAGGAAGUCCCACAGUGGAGUUUGUGUUUAGAGGGCUGCAGUGACUUUUCCAUCCAGCCAGUCAUUACUUGACAUCUUUGCAAAAUGAAACGUACCCCAUGCUGUGGCCACCAAUAUGGACGAGCUGUUCAGCACAAAAUGUUUUCCAGUGUAUUACAGUGUGAAACUUCCAUGUACAAUAUUUGUAAUCCUUUCCUGCAGCCUGCUCAGCUGGAGUUCAGUGGGAAUGCAUGGUUAUGUUUGCAGGUAAAACUUUUUUCUGGUGAAUCUCAGGGAAAGUUGGAUUUCUGCAGCAUCCAUGAAUCCCACCUCAUACUGGCCCACACAAUAGAGACUUUCCCCCCUCGAUCGCUUUCAAGUCAUAAACCUUCAACAGUUUGUGGGAGAUUGAACUGAAAUGGCUCAAAGAAGUAUAUUUACAAUGCAUUUAAUUUUUUAACGUGUUUUAUCUCUGUCAGUAAUUGUGGUAAUAUGUUUGGGUUUCAUAAAAAAAAUCAAGAAAAAAGACUUUCUUUUUUUUGUUGUUGUUAUUAUUAUUUUUUCAUUUAGAGAUCUUCUGGUUAGUAUUUCUUUGAAAAAGCCAUUUUGUUGAGGACCACAAAUACACAACAGGCAUAAUAUGUCCACAGUGGAGAUACAGUGCUCUCUUAUUCUUUUUAUAACAAAAGAAAAUUUGUGAAUAGUUGUUUUUGGCUUUGCUUUUUUUUUUCCCAAGAAGGAGCUGAUGCAAGAGAGCUGUUUUAUAUAUCUUCUACAAUACGUUAUGACUGCUAAAAAUAAAAAUAUGUGGCAAACGUG